AUGGCGGUGAGGACAAGGUUCCUACUUGACGCUGAGGACGAGGUCCCUGGCGGUGAAGACAUGGUUCCAGGCGGUGAGGACAAGGUUCCUGGCGGUGAGCACAAGGUUUCUGGCGGAGAGGACAAGGUUUCUGGCGGUGAGGGAAAGGUUCCUACCAGUGAGGACAAGGUGUCUGGCGGUGAAGACAAGGUGCAUGACGGUCAGGACAAGGUUUUUGGCGGUGACAACAAGGUUCCUAGCGGUGAGGACAAGAUUCAUGGCGGUGAGGACAAGGUUCCUGGCGGUGAGGACAAAGUUCCUGGCGGUGAGGGCAAGGUUUUUCUGGCUGAGAGGACAAGGUUCCUGACGGUAAGAACAAGGUUCCUGGCGGCGAGGACAAGGUUCCUGGUGGUGAGGACAAGGUUCUUGGGGGUGAGGACAAGGUUCCUGACACUGAGGACAAGGUUCCUGUCGGCGAGGACAAAGUUCCUGGCGGUGAGGACAAGGUUCCUGGCGGUGAGGACAAG